AUGUUCCUUCUACAAAGUAGCAACGUCAUAUUUCGCAACGGAAUCUUUCGACACCACCUCUCACGGGCCACCAUCACCCAUGAUUCGGGUGCGGUCAAGAUCCGCCUUCACCUUCAGAAGCCGCUAAAGGUCGAUGAUGAACAGUAUGUUAACCUGUGGAUACCUUCUGUCAGCUUCUGGUCUUUCCUGCAGAGCCACCCGUUCAUGGUGAUCUCUUGGGAGCCCAAGGAGCAGCAUACCCUCGAUCUCCUCAUUGAGCCUCAGAGGGGCCUGACCCAGGAGUUGCUAUAUCAUGCUAAGAAGGGCCACACUAUUAACCCAAUCAUCAUGUUCAAUGGCCCCCAUGGGCCACGUGUUGCCAUGGACGAGUACGAGAGUAUUCUGAUGGUAGCUAGCGGCUUUGGUAUCGCCGCCCACUUACCCCACCUGAAAACCGCAAACAAAUUCCGGGGUUCGUUUAAAGGGAUGGGGACGUUGGACGCCGCAAUCACAAGAACAUGA